AUGAAGCAGCAUUGGGACAUGGUUGGAUUCGUCGCCGACGGCCAAUAUGGGAUUCCGAGAAGAUGCUCAUGUGGUGGAUCUAUCAAGCACGAUGUAUCUCUUUCUCCAAAAUUUAAACACGAUUUCGAUACUCAGCCAGGCAGUAGGUACUUCACAUGCACCAAAUUUAAGCCAUGGGUUUUCGGAGUCGAACAAGAGAUUCCGAAGCUAGUUAUGAAAGUUGAAGAGCAGAGCAAGACGAUUGAAGAAAUGCGAAAACAGAUUCAGAUCCAAGCCGAAGAGAUAGCCAAGCUCAAGACUUAG